ACAGCUGUUUAGUUUAGGUUUUUAUGUUUGAUGUCAUUAAUAUUACGAAUUACAAAAUGUUACUGUAACUGAACUUAGUUUAAUAGGUAACAUACAUUUAAAACAUAUUGUUUAUUUUUCAAUACUCAAACAUUAUUAUUGUAAAGAUUUAAACAAAUCUUUAAAAAGGGUCACAAACAUAAACAAUGUCAGAUGAUGCUGAACAGCAGGCAGAGGAAAUUGAAGUCCUCAAAUCCAUUUAUGAGGGAGAUGACAACUUCAAACAAGUUGGUGCUACUACAUACCAAUAUAAGUAUGUUGAUGGAGAAAAAUCAUUUAUAUUAGAAAUCAUAUGGGGUCCCACAUACCCAACAGAAAAGCCUGGCUUCAACUUAGAAAUAUUUUAUAAUCAGAAUCUCUUGCCGUCUGUGAAAGAGAGAAUCCUGUCUACAGUGAACACUGAGGCCGAUCAAUGGGUGGGAUGUGCGAUGACGUACACUUUGUUCGAGUGCCUUAAGGAGAAGGUGUCCGAGAUUUUGUCCGAGCAGGCCGAGGAGGCGAUUGUGGCGAGGAUCGAGAAAAUUGCAAUCAAUGAACAGACUGAUUCAAAGAAACCGGAGAAGAAAGAGCAGUUGAGCAAGUCGCAGAAGAGGAAAGCGUGGGACCGAGCGGAGAUCGGCCGUGCAGGGGAGAAGCCUCGCGGCUGGGACUGGGUGGACAUCGUAAAGCAUCUCUCCCAAGCGCCGCACGUGCCCUCCUGACAAUAACUGACACAACCAUAGACUAUAUAGACUAUAUAAUAUCUUGAUAAUUGAAAUAAACACGAAUAAAUUUUGGAUAGAA